AUGGCGACUCAUCAUCUUCCCGACCACUUCAAGUGUCCAAUUUCCCUAGAAAUAAUGUCGGACCCUGUAAUCCUCUCUUCGGGUCACACCUUCGACCGUUCUUCAAUCCAACGUUGGCUAGACGCAGGCUACAGAACAUGUCCAAUUACCAAAUUGCCCCUCCCGGACCACCCUUCCCUCAUUCCUAACCACGCGCUCCGAAGCUUAAUCUCCAACUACACCCUCCUCCCCUCUCUCCACCAAACCAUUUCCCAACCACAAACCCUAAUUUCCACCCUCACCUCUCCCUCUUCUUCCUCCGAUUCUAAAAUCGAUUCCCUCCGCCACCUCACGCGCCUCUCCAAGCGCGACUCCGCCUUCCGCCGCCACCUCGCCGACUCCGCUGCCGUCCCCGCCGUCCUCUCCGCCGUCGUCGAGCCCGCGCUACAGGAGAAGGCGCUCCUGCUCCUCCUCAACCUCACCCUCGACGACGACUCCAAGGUCGGCCUCGUCGCCGAGGGCGUCGUCGAGCGUCUCGUCGCCGUUCUCCUCAACGCGCCGCCGGACUGUCGCGCCGUCGCGGCCACCAUCGUCACUAGCCUCUCAGUCGUCGAGGUUAACAAGGCCACUAUCGGCGCGUUCCCGGCGGCGAUCGCGGCGCUCGUUGCGAUCCUCCGCGACGGCAAAGGGAGGGAGAGGAAGGAGGCCGCCACCGCGCUCUACGCCCUCUGCUCCUUUCCCGAUAACCGAAGAAGAGCCGUCAAUUGCGGCGCGGUGCCGAUUCUGCUUCGGAACAUUGAAAUUGGACUGGAACGAUGCGUUGAGGUAAUUGGCGUUUUGGCGAAGUGUAAGGAAGGGAGAGAGCAAAUGGAAGGUUAUGACGGUUGUGUUCAGAUUCUGGCUCGCGUUUUGAGGAACGGGAGCUCCAGGGGGAUUCAGUAUGCGCUUUUCGCCCUUACUUCACUUUGCUUGUAUAGCCAGCGAAUGUUGCUGUUGGCUCUGGAAGAAGGCGUUCUGGACGCUUCUCUUGGGUUUGUCGAAGAUGAUAAUGAAAAAGUGAGGAGGAAUGCGUGUAAUUUGCUUCGAGCUCUCCGUGCCAACAACAGCAACCACGAUCGGGUGUAG